AUGAAGGAGGGAGGAAGAAGAUGGUGGAGAUUCAGUAAUGGAGUUGUUGAUUUCCUUUUCCUUAUAUUCCUACUGCUGCUCAUCCCGCCGUCGCAUUCCGAUGAUGUUUCUGGCCUGUUGACUUUCAAGCAGAGCUCUAUUGAUUCCGAUCCCAAGAAGGUUUUGUCCAGCUGGAGUUCUAAUUCCAACGGCGGUGGGGCUUGUUCGUGGUUCGGCGUCUCCUGCUCCGGCGGCCGCGUUACUUCCUUGGACCUAACCGGAGCUGGCCUGGCUGGUUCUCUACAACUUCCCCAGCUCAUCGCCGGGCUUCCUUCUCUCACCAGGCUGAUUUUGCGGUCGAAUUUGUUCACCGCCGGGAAUCUCUCCACCGGUGGCGGAUGUGCUCUGGAGAUGCUCGAUUUGUCGGCCAACAACAUCUCGGACCCUCUCCCGUCGGAUUCGUUUUUCAGCUCAUGCUCCCGCCUCGCCGCAGUCAACCUCUCCGGCAACUCAAUCCCCGGCGGGAAUCUCCGGUUCGGCGGUUCCUUGCUCCAGCUCGACCUUUCCCGCAACCGGAUUUCCGAUUCUUCCCUCCUCGCCGACGCGCUCUCCGGCUGUCAGAAUCUCAACCUGCUCAACUUCUCCCACAACAAACUUCCCGGGAAAAUCGGUACCACGCCGCGGGCGUGCAGGAAUCUCUCCGUUUUGGACAUCUCCGAUAACCUUCUCACAGGGGAGCUCCCCGCCAGCUUCGUCGCCGACUCUCCGCCGUCGCUUGAGGUAUUGGAUCUGUCCAUCAACAAUUUCACCACCAGCUUCCCCGGGUUGGAUUUCGGGCGGUGCGGGAACUUGACCCGGCUCAUGCUGUCGCGGAAUCGGUUUUCGGGUCCCGGGUUCCCAAUCGGGUUCUCUAAUUGCUCCCUUUUGGAAACCCUAGAUUUGUCGCAGAACGACCUCCAGCUGCCGAUUCCGGGAGCGUUGUUAGCUAGGCUGAAGAAAUUAAAGUGGUUAUCUUUGUCGCACAAUAGCUUCUCCGGCGAAAUCCCGGUCGAGCUCGGUGGUCUCUGCGGAACUUUACAGGAGCUCGACCUCUCUGGGAACAAGCUCACCGGAGCGUUCCCCUCUGUUUUCAAGUCAUGCUCUGUUCUCGAAACUCUCGACCUUGGACUCAACCAGCUCUCCGGAGAUUUCCUGACCACCGUCGUCAGCGGGUUGACCGCCUUGAGAAUCCUCCGUGUCCCUUUCAACAAUUUAACCGGAGAGGUACCGCCGUCUCUGGUCAAUUUGACUCGGCUAGAGGUGCUCGACCUUAGCUCGAAUGAGUACAUCGGAGCUGUUCCCUCCGAGUUCUGCACUUCUUCUUCAAACCCUUCUCUCGAGAAGCUCCUUCUCGCCGGUAAUUACUUGACCGGGCAAGUCCCGGCGGAGCUAGCCAAAUGCAGAAACUUAAGGAGCAUCGAUCUCAGCUUCAACAACCUAGACGGACCCAUCCCGGCGGACAUCUGGUGGCUCCCGAACCUCUCCGACGUGGUAAUGUGGGCGAACAACCUCACCGGCGAAAUCCCUGAAGGCAUUUGCGUGAAAGGCGGCAACUUGGAGUUUCUCGUCCUCAACAACAAUCUCAUUACAGGCUCAAUCCCCAAGUCAAUCGGAAGCUGCACCAACUUGAUUUGGGUCUCCCUCGCCAGCAACCGUCUCACCGGAGAAAUUCCUUCCGGAAUCGGGAACCUAAACAACUUGGCCAUCCUCCAGAUGGGCAACAACUCCCUCAACGGUCAAAUCCCACCUGAAAUCGGCCGCUGCAAGAGCCUAAUCUGGCUCGAUUUGAACAGCAACGACUUAUCCGGCACCCUCCCGCCUCAAAUCGCCGACCAAGCGGGCCUCAUCGUCCCUGGAAUCGUCUCCGGCAGGAAAUUCGCCUUCGUGCGAAACGAAGGCGGAACCUCCUGCAGGGGAGCAGGAGGUCUCGCCGAAUUCGAAGGAAUCCGCGCCGAACGCCUCGAGAGCUUCCCGAUGGCACAUUCCUGCCCGACAACCCGAAUCUACUCCGGCGUCACCGUGUACACAUUCGUCAGCAACGGAAGCAUGAUCUUCCUCGACGUCGCUUACAACGAGUUAACCGGUGAGAUACCGGACAAUUUCGGCAAAAUGAGCUACUUGCAGGUGCUCAACCUCGGCCACAACCACCUCACCGGAACCAUCCCGGGUACCUUCGGAGGACUAACAAAGAUCGGAGUUAUGGACCUCUCCCACAACCAACUCCAUGGAUUCCUCCCUGGUGCGUUGGGAUCUCUCACGUUUCUCAGCGAUCUGGACGUUUCCAACAACAAUUUCAGCGGUCCGAUCCCUACAGGCGGCCAGCUCACCACAUUCCCUUCCUCAAGAUACGAGAACAACACGGGCCUCUGCGGACUCCCCUUGCCCAAAUGUGGCGGCGGAUCCCGCCAGCGUCGAAGCAACGACGGCGGGAGAAAGAGGCAGCCUUUAGGGGCUGUGAUAGUGAUCGGCAUCGUCUUCUUCAUCCUCUGCAUCAUCGGCCUGACACUUGCUCUGUACCGAGUGAAGUCGCGUCGUCGGAGCAACGAGGAAAUGAUGGAGAAGUACAUCGAGAGCCUACCGACGACUUCGGGGAGCAACAACAGCUGGAAGCUGUCGGGAGUCCCCGAGCCGUUGAGCAUCAACAUUGCCACUUUUGAGAAGCCGCUGCGGAAGCUGACAUUCGCACACCUACUGGAGGCGACGAAUGGGUUCAGCUCCGAGACGAUGAUUGGCACGGGCGGGUUCGGGGAAGUUUACAAGGCUCAGCUUCGGGACGGGAUCACGGUGGCGAUCAAGAAGCUGAUCCAUGUCACGGGGCAGGGAGACAGAGAAUUCAUGGCGGAAAUGGAGACAAUCGGGAAGAUCAAGCACAGAAACCUCGUCCCGCUCCUCGGGUACUGCAAGGUAGGGGAGGAGAGGCUGCUUGUGUACGAGUACAUGAAGUGGGGGAGCUUGGAAUCGGUGCUCCACCAGGGCGGAGGCCGCCUCGAUUGGGGCGCGAGGAAGAAGAUCGCGGUGGGGUCAGCGAGAGGGCUGGCGUUCCUCCACCACAGCUGCAUCCCUCACAUCAUCCACCGCGACAUGAAGUCGAGCAACGUGCUCCUCGACGAAGGGUUCGAGGCGAGGGUGUCGGAUUUCGGGAUGGCCAGGCUGUCGAACCCGCUCGACACUCACCUCAGCGUGAGCACGUUGGCGGGCACGCCAGGGUACGUGCCCCCGGAGUACUACCAGAGCUUUCGUUGCACGACGAAAGGGGAUGUGUACAGCUACGGGGUGAUCUUGCUGGAGCUUCUCUCGGGGAAGAAGCCCAUCGACCCGACGGAGUUUGGGGACGACAACAACCUGGUCGGGUGGGCGAAGCAGCUGGGCAGGGAAGGGAGGAGGUAUGAGAUACUGGACAGUGAGCUGAUCUUGAAGGCAGGGGAGGAGAUGCAGCAGUAUCUCAGGAUUGCGUUCGAGUGUUUGGAUGAUCGGCCGUUCAAGAGGCCAACGAUGAUUCAGGUGAUGGCGAUGUUCAAGGAGUUGCAGGUGGAUCCUGAGAAUGAUAGCAUUGAUGGAUUGUCGUCAGUGAAGGAAGGUGGUGGUGGUGGUGGUAUAGAUGAACUGGGGGAGAAGUAG